GAAGGGAGGGCAAUCUUGUCCGGACGCUAAUAAGACCCAAUGGCUGGUGCAAGGUGGCCAGGAGCUCUGCAACGCGACAGAAGACGGUGGACGAAGAAGAGAAGGAAAAAAAAAUCUCAUGAGAGACAUUUCCGUAUGGACAAAGAGGAUGAGAGCGCCACGGGAGCGUCCUUAGGAUUUGCAGGGAGUCAGUCGGGCUUUUGGCGUGCGUCCGUUUGUGGAGCUGCGCGGAAAGAGAAGCGGUAAGUGAGUAGAAACCCACGAAAAGCACCUGCGUCAAGCCUGGUACCUGUGGCGGACGUACGAAGAUGACUCUCAGUUCACAGGAGGCUUAGAGGUGGCUAAUAGUUGGCGAAAUCUUUGUGAAGAAACCUUCCAAAUCUAUUCUGUCUUCUUAUUUUUAAUAGCUGAUGCCAAACUUCCGAAAGUUUAGGUUUCAGCCAAUCAGCUCAUCCACUGGGCUUGUAUUUGUCAGUGCAAGCCUAGAGUCAGGACUGCUGACUUUGCACUACUGAACUCUUUUUUUUCUGAUCAUAAAAAAAGAAGUACCCACAUGUCCCAAUGAUUACUAUUUUUUGUCAUAUCAGUAUCAGCUUUAAUACCACAUGAUUUGGAAUGGACCAAGAUUUGACCCUCAUUCACAUGCUAUCACACACCUGGAACUGGGGUAUUGCUGUAGGCACCGUGAGCUAUUGACUCCUGGGAGCCCCAAGCCUCCCCAAUGAAGCAGUCCUGGUGGGCCCGCCUGGCACAGCUCAGCCUGCUUGCUGCGUGGACCUGUAUGUGGCUGGUCCAGGCAUGUGGACCGGGCCAUGGGUAUGGCAUCCGCUCCAGGCCCAAGAAACUCACAGCCAUGCACUACAAGCAGUUUUUCCCCAACUUCUCAGAAAACAACCUUGGUGCCAGCGGGAGAGCAGAGGGCAAGAUCACACGCAACUCUGAACGCUUCAAUGAACUUGUGUGCAACUACAACCCAGACAUUGUCUUCAAGGAUGAGGAGAACACCAACGCAGACCGCUUUAUGACUAAGCGAUGUAAGGACUGUUUGAACAGGUUGGCUAUCGCAGUGAUGAACCAGUGGCCAGGGGUACACUUACGCGUGACAGAGGCCUGGGAUGAGGACGGUCACCAUCCUCCUGGCUCUUUGCACUAUGAAGGCCGGGCCGUGGAUAUAACCACUGACGACAGAGAAACGGACAAGUAUGGCCUUCUUGCCCAGCUGGCUGUGGAGGCUGGCUUUGACUGGGUCCAUUAUGAGUCCAAAUAUCACAUUCACUGCUCAGUAAAAGCUGAUCACUCUGUCGCAGUGGAAAAAGGUGGCUGUUUCCCUGGCUGGGCCCGGGUGACGGUUGCUGGAGGGGUGCAGAGGAGCCUGUCGUCGCUGGCUCCUGGAGACAGAGUCAUGGCCCUGUCUGGGACAGGCCAAAUCGUGUUUAGCCAAGUCCUCUUGUUUUUGCAUCGUGACCAAGAAAGCUGGUCUACUUUUCUGUCUCUGGAGACAGAAGAUGGCCACAGAUUGGCUGUCACUCCACAUCACUUGGUCUUUUUAGCAGCCCAUUGCAGACUUGACAGCAGUGAGUACAAGGCUCAAUAUGCUAGCAGAGCCAAAACAGGAGACUGUGUUCUCAUCCAUGCAGCAGAGGGUCAAGUACGUUCAUCUCAAAUCAUCUCAGUUUCAGUAGACGAGAGUGUGGGAGUGUAUGCACCCUUAACAGAAGCUGGAACAGUGUUUGUUGAUGGGGUGCUGGCAUCCAGCUAUGCACUGGUGGAGAAUCACCAACUUGCACACUGGGCGUUUGGACCUGUGCGAUUUGUCUCCUCAUUUAGCCAAAUACUUUGGGGGGUGACAACAAAAGAACAGCAGACCACAGACAGUGAAACAGCUUGCACUAAGACUCCAUUGCAUUGUAGCACUUUGGUCGCAAAGGAUACAGGAGGUGUGUUUGUGAAUAAUGGUUUUCUGAGCAAACAAGACAAUCUGAGUGAACCUCUGAGGAUUGAAAUGAAUGAGAAGCACAGAGGGUCAUCACAUGUACACUGGUAUGCUAGACUGCUGUACAGUUUUGGCUGUAUCUUUUUAGAUGCCAACUUAUUUCAUUCUUAAAAGCCUAGAACUAUAGAUCAGUACAUGUCACACUGUUCAAUGUUCCAACGCUAACGCUUCCUGUUCUCUUGUUCAAUAAAUUAAAAGCACUGGAA